AUGAGCUUUUCCAAUUCCCGCCUGAAAGGCUUUGGUUUCGGUAAACGCAAGUCAACUGCCAGCAUCCAGACGCCAGACCCGAACCAGACCCCAAGCCCGACCCCUCCUCCCCAAGGCCACCCGUCCGGCGCCCCUCAAAUACCGCAGCAGAUCCCCGUUCGUCCUGGCUCGAUCGCCUCGACCUCUUCCGCCUCUAUCGCUCCUAUGAAUCACCCAGGCGCCGGGAACCGACCACCGAGUUAUUCGGCAAACUACCCUCAAGGCGGCCCUCCUCCCAUCGGCCGCACAAGCCCGUUGACGAACCAAGGCCCGACGAGAACCCCGCCUAGCCAAAUGGUCGGCGGUCCCCCUCCCAUCAACACCGGCGCUCCGGUCGCCGGAUACCCCCCUCAGCUCCCUCCUGUCGGCGGCCCAGGACAUCCCAUGGGUGGUCCUCCUCAGUACGGCGGUGGCGGCGGUGGCUACCCUCCCCCGGGUCCUCCUGGCCCUCCCGGAGGCCCUAUGGCGCAAUAUCAGAGAGGCGGCAGCGCGGCCGAGGUUGAGGGCAACAGCAGGAGCAAGGCUCAGCUGAUAGUCGGUAUCGAUUUCGGUACAACGUUUUCCGGUGUGGCUUUCGCUUUCGCCACGAACAACGAGGCUAAGGAGGAUAUUAUUACGGAAUGGCCCGGCGCCGGAUCAUACACAAAGCAAAAGAUUCCCACGGUCCUCUACUACGAUCAGUACCAGAAGGUUGUCGGAUGGGGUCCCGAUAUUGCGGAUGCCCUCGCGCCUACUGGGUACCCGAAACCCGGUGUGCAAAAGGUGGAGUGGUUCAAGCUGCAGCUGAUGCUUUCCGGCAACACAUAUAUCGACCCCAUCAACCUGCCUCCUCUGCCUCCUGGCAAGUCCGAAAUCGAUGUUGCGGCCGACUACCUCUUCAAGCUCCGCCAGGCCAUGCGCUCGGCGCUGCAGAAGACGUUGGGUGAAGUGUUUAACCGUGAGGAGAGAAACAUUCGGUACUACCUGACAGUGCCUGCUAUUUGGAACGAUGCUGGCAAGGCCGCCACCAGAGCCGCUGCUAUUCAGGCCGGUUUCCUCCGAGACGAGAACGACAACCGCCUGACCCUGGUUUCCGAGCCCGAGGCGGCGGCAAUCUUCUGCUCCAAGACUGGCCUUCUUAACUUGAAGGUUCACGACGCCGUCCUGAUUGUCGAUUGCGGCGGUGGUACAGUCGAUUUGAUUGCCUACGAAGUCGAGGAUGAGAACCCCUUUACGGUGGCCGAGUGCACGGCUGGAUCUGGUGACUCUUGCGGUUCAACAGCGCUCAACCGUAACUUCAGCAACAUUCUGCGCACCAAGAUCCGUAAGAUGAAGCUGCCCGACGGAUCCAAGACGGCCGGCCGUGUGUACGCCAAGUGCAUCAUGGAUUUCGAGAACCGCAUCAAGGCCGACUUCCGUAAUAACGGUCAGAAGUGGGCUGUGGAUGUCGGUAUCGAGGCCGAAUUCCCCGAGGCUGGUAUUGAGGAAGGUUACAUGACCUUCACAAACGAGGAGAUUCUGCAGUGCUUCGAGCCUGUCGUAAACCGCAUUCUGGAACUCGUCAGAAACCAGAUCAUUGCUAUCCAGGCUCAGAACCGCACUCUGCAGAACAUUUUGGUUGUUGGAGGUUUCGGUGCCUCCGAGUACCUCUUCCAGCAGAUCAAGCUCCACGUUCCUCCUCAAUUCCAGUCCAAGGUGGUGCGUCCCAUGGACUCCGUCGCUGCUAUUGUCAAGGGUGCCGUUACUGCCGGUAUCACGGAGCGCGUCGUCACCCACCGUGUUGCUCGUCGUCACUAUCUCAUGGCCACUCUCCAGCCCUUCAAGGAGGGUUACCACCCCGAGGCCUACCGCGUGCCGUCCCUCGACGGCAAGGACCGUUGCAAGUUCACCAGGCAGAUUUUCGUGCAAAAGGGCCAGAAGGUCAAGAUUGGCGAGCCUGUCAAGGUUUCCUUCUUCAGACAGGUCGCCCCUGGUGCUACCCUUAUGUACGAGGAUAUCCUCUACGCCUGCGAUGACGAUGUUUGCCCCGAAUACACCAAGGAUCCUCGUAUCAAGGAAGUCGUCACUCUGACCUCUGAUCUUUCGCGCAAGAACCUCGAGAAGGACUUCGAGAGGAUGGACACACCACAAGGCACAUUCUACCGUGUCUACUUUGACAUUUACCUGACUCUUGACGGAUCCGAGUUCAGCGCAGAGCUGGUCUGCCAAGGCGAGGUCAUGGGCCGCUGCAGAGCGCGCUUCAGGUAA